UGGCAUGAAAAAUUGUCAGCUGGUGAGAGGCGAAAGGCUCGUAAAUUUUACUGUAAAUCAUCGUAUAAAACAAAAUAGCCGGUGCGAGGCGAAAAGUCCGUAGGAUUUAUAUCACUGUAGAAAAAGUUCCAUGUACGUUCGUACAACGAACGAACGAAUGAACGAACGAACGAACGCUCCAUAAUGCAUUGUGCUUGAGCUCGAUGAGCCACUAAACUUUGGGGCUCGCUCAGGCUCGCCCCAAUAACUGACUUAUUUUACGAUCGACUCACCAAGUUUUAUCAAAUUUGUCUACUUUAAGCCUAAGGUUUAAAGUCGGUAGAGAUAGUCUAUUCUAUUCUAUUCUAUUCUAUUCUAUUCUAUUCUAUUCUAUUCUAUACAAUACUGAACUAUCUUUUAUAAAGAUCGAAGGUAAAUAUAUUUGAAAUAAAUUAUAUGAAAAUCGAUUAUUUUGGCAAACAAUAGCCGAAAUAAAAAAUCAUGGCAACCGAGAUGACAACAACAUCGUCAAUUAACAAACCGACCGAUCUAAACAGAUUUGAAGUCGAAAAUUUCAUAACACGAACGCCAAACGAGUCCCAUUUGAAGAUCUGGAUUACUCUAUUUACAAAAAUGCUAACCUUGUUGCCUUCUCAACAUCCAAAAAAAGAUUACCAAAAUGGAUACAUUUUAUGAAGGAAAGAUAUUAUCAUGGCCUCGAACAGGGCCUUUUUUAAGGAUUUUCCCGUGGGGGGGCAUUUUUUGAAAAGGGACCUUUCUGUGAGAUAAUAUAUUAGAGGGGGAUAGCAAUGGCUGAAAGCCACGUGUGUGGCAAAUAUACCACGCAUGAAUGGGGGGUCUGGGGGUGUACUCCCCCAGAAAAUUUUUGAAAUUUGACUCCCGGAAAUGUCAUUUCCUGCAUUCUGAGCAUCCAAAUUUGCUCCAAAAUUUAUCCUAACUAUACUUGUAUUUGAAAUAAAUAAAGGAAGAAACACACAAAAAGUAAAAAAAAAAUAACCAUCAUUUAUCAUUACUUAUUAGAGGAGGAUAGCAAUGGUCAGGUGUGUGGGGGUGUACUCCCCCAGAAAAUUUUUGAAAUUUGAACCACGGAAAUGCCAUUUCCUGCAUUCUGAGCAUCCAAAUUUGCUCUAAAAUUUAUGCUAACUAUAGUUGUAUUUGAAAUAAAAGAUGGAAAAAUGCACAAAAAGUAAAAAAGAAUAUUAACUGUAAUUUAUCAUUACUUAUUAGAGGGAUAAUCCCAAGAAAAUUUUUGAAAUUUGAAACCGUGAAAUGCUAUUUCCUGCAUUCUGAGCAUCCAAAAAAUAAAAAAAAAUAUUAACAAUAAUUUAUCAUGGCUUAGUGGUAAAAAAGUAACAAUUUAAAUCGAUUUUGUUAAACAAGAACAAAGGAUAAAGCCUAAAAUUACUUUCCGUUUAUCUAUUUGUUAAUCUUCGCUGGAUUGUUUGUAUAAUUUUAGGAAAAAGGGACUUUUCCUGGGGGGGGGCAAAAUGUGAUUUCGUGGGGGGGCACAAGGGGGGACUGGGGGGGCAAAUGCCCCCCCAGCUUGUAUGUUAAAAAAGGCCCUGGAGUGAUCAGCACAAAUCUGUCAACUGUGAUAAAGUAACCACCACAGCCGAGCGAAAGAAGCAGCUGAGUAUCAAACAACUGUGUUUCAAUUGCACUGGAGUAAAGCGCAGAGCAGCCGAUUGUCGUAGUAAAACUGUUUGCCAAUCUUGCAAGAAGAAACACCAUACCUCAAUCUGCGACAACACCCCCCUGGAAAUGCUUAGAACCGCAGCUGGAAAAGGUAGUGUCAUCCACCCGGUUGUAAUAGUGAAUGCUGGUGGAAUCAAGUGUCGCGCCUUGCUGGACUCUGGAGCCGGCAGCUCGUAUGCCUCAGCAGCAUUACUUGACCGAUUGAAGAACCGACCGAUUCGCAAAGAACCAAGGAGAAUCGAGAUGAUGAUGCAUACUGUCAACAAGAUGACCGAAGUGCACAACCUUGAAAUCAGCAAUCUGAAGGGAGACUUUCACCUUAAGACCGAAGUUACCAAAGUCGACCGUGCAGUUUUGUUGAACUUGGAAAACCCUAAUUAUGACCAACUGUUGCAGCAGUACCCACACUUACAGGGGAUAACCAUGGAUGAAGUUGAAAAGAAACUGGAUCAACUCCCCGUUCAUUUGAUUCUUGGAACAAGCGAGUAUCACAAAUCAAGAUGGAAGCGAAACCACGACUAGGACAUGCUGGGGAACCGGUUGCUGAAUUGACCAGUCUUGGCUGGACGAUAAUGUCUCCGGGAAAGGAAGCAGACUUAUCCAACAUGUUCAUGACCCAGACAUCGAGUUGCGACUACGAAAUGUUGUGCAGAAUGGACGUCCUAGGACUGGAAGAUCGUCCAACAGGAGAUCAACACAGUGUGUAUGAAGAUUUUAAAGAGCAAUUGGUGAGGAAUACGGAAGGCUGGUACGAAACGGGCCUCCCUUGGAGAGCAAAUCAUCCCCCGUUGCCAAACAAUGAGCGUGGCAGUGUUAGACGACUUGGAAAUCUAGUAAAGAGAUUAGAGAAGCAGCCCGAAUUGAUGACCAAGUACGAUGAAAUCAUUCGAGAUCAGAUCGACCAGGGGAUUGUGGAGAAAGUCACUCCAUCCAGUGUCCCAGCGAAUAACGAGUUUUACAUCCCACAUAAGCCGGUGGUGCGUGAGACAGCCGAGAGCUCGAAAGUUCGGGUCGUGUACGAUGCCUCGGCAAAGGCGUAUGAGAAGGCACCCUCCCUCAACGACUGUCUGGAGACAGGACCACCCCUACAGAAUCUUUUGUGGAGUGUCUUGACCCGAAAUCGGUUUUAUCCUAUUGCAGUCGCUGGUGAUCUGAAACAAGCGUUUUUUCAAGUGCGAGUGAAAGAAGAAGAUCGAAAUGCACUGAAGUUUCAUUGGUUGAAGGAUACGGACACGAAAGAAAUCGAAACUUUGAGAUUCACUAGAGUUCCAUUUGGCUUAACAUCAUCACCAUUCCUACUCGGUGGAGUAAUCGAACAGCAUCUCGAAAAUUCUAAAUCAGAGAAUCCAGAGAUCGUAGAAGAGAUCAAACGAAGUUUGUACGUGGAUGAUCUAAUUGGCGGUGGAGAAACGACGAGAAAAGCCCAAAACCUGAAAGAGUCAGCCAUAUCGAUCCUCGGCGAACGUUGCUUUGAAUUGCACAAGUGGCAUUCUAAUGAACCAAUCUUGGAAACGAACAAUCAGCCGUCGAGUGAACCUGAACGAAGCUACGCGAAAGAACAACUGGGCGUUGAGAAAGGUGAGACAAAAUUGCUCGGACUAGCAUGGGACAAGCGUAAAGAUACAAUCGGAGUAACAUUUCCUGAUGUUCAACCUGCCGCACCAACGAAACGAAGCAUCCUAGGAGCGAUCGCAAAGAUCUAUGACCCACUCGGUCUUGUUUCGCCGGUGACUUUGGCUGGGAAAAUGUUGUACAGAGAAGCGUGUGACCUGAGUAUUGGUUGGGAUAAACCACUACCUGACAACCUGAAUGCUAAGUGGAGCUGUUGGGUGCAAAGCCUGCCUCGAAAGGUCCAAGUCCCGAGAAGUCUAACAGCCAACCGAGAAGAUAUCAAGGCGAUUGAUCUUCAUGCUUUUGGAGAUGCGAGCCAGAAAGGAGUUUCUACAGCUGUGUAUGCCGUGGUCUACCAAGAGUCGUGCGUCAACCAUGGACUGAUAACGUCGAAAUCACGCUUGGCAAAGAAAGAUUUAUCAAUACCCAGGCUAGAGUUGGUGUCAGGGCACAUGUCGGCAAACCUUUUACACAACAUAAAGGAAACAUUGCAACCUCUUCCAGUUCGAGACGUGUAUUGUUGGCUGGACAGCACGGUUGCACUGUAUUGGAUACAAGGCAACGGAGAUUAUAAACAGUUUGUCCAAAACAGGGUGAGAAAGAUCCAGGCGAAGCAGUACAUCCACUGGAGACAUGUUCCGACAACUGAUAACCCGGCAGAUAUCGGGAGUCGAAGUGGAUCAGCAGAUAAGUUAUCUGAGCUUUGGUGGAAAGGCCCGGAGUGGUUGCAGAACAAAGACGAGUGGCCGGAGAACAUUGUUACGACUCCUAGUCCAGAGUCAGAGUCCGAAGUCAAAACGGUGCGCGAAGUGUUAGCGGUGGCAGUCGAACCGAGAGAUGAACUUGAUCAAGUGAUGGAGAAGUACGAGCUCUGGAAAGCGGUACGAAUAGCAUUGAAUAGUCAUGGCGAGCGGUCAUGUCUUUGUGAGCUCCUUGAAUGUUCUUGUUAUUUCUCUAUUGAUGCUCUGCACUGAAUGUUGUGCACAUGAAAACGUAACAGGGCAAGAAACGCUUGUAUGUGUGAGAAGUCUACAAGUGUGUGAUCUUAACGAGAAUAAAGAAAAUUUGGCUGGCCAUUCGAACGCUGGUAUGUGCCAUGUUGGAGACUGUGAACCGGAUUGUAUUAUCUCCUGCAGAGUUUCAUCGCAUGUGGAACAGGCAAUCGUUUUUUCUGCUGUGUCUGAUGUGGUUGUUGAGAUAAUAACUUUGAACUGUCCGAAAGAAACAGCGUUUUCAAGAUUAAGAAAUCUCGAGAUUUGUGUUUAUUUGUCUGGUUUUGGUUUCGUUCGCUUCAGUGAACGUUCUCUGAUUUGCAUACGUUUGCACACAUUUCCUCAUUGGGAUUACACGCAUAAGCGCUAUUUGAGACGGAGGCUUAAUUAUUCAUCAAACAACGUAGCAACUUUUAAUCCAUCUAUUGUUUCAUUGAUUUUGCUUCGAUGUGGCGAUGUUGAAACACAACCGGGUCCUGUCAGAGAACAAACGUCUACAGAGUCUGGAUGUUAUUCUCGCAAAAACGAAAGGAAAAUAAAAGUUGGACAUUUAAAUGUACGAUCGUUAAAAAAUCGUAUACACCACACUCUUGUCAAGGAAACUGUGCUCUUACAUAAAUUCGACAUUUUUACAAUUUCUGAGUCUUGGCUGGAUAAUACUGUAUCGGAUACUGAACUUGAUAUUCUCGGCUAUGCCCUUUAUAGACAAGAUCGCCAAAUUUCUAAAGGCGGCGGUGUUUGUGUCUUUGUAAAGAACAACAUAAAAGUAUCACUGUUACCUGACAUCUCGGCCAUUAAUAAUGGAUUUCAACAACUUUGGUUACAGGUGCAAUUAAACAAAUGCAAAUCGCUGGUUUUGUGUGUUGCAUAUAGGCCACCAAACUCACUUCCAUCUCUGCUUACUGAUUAUUUUAUGCCUAAUGUAAUCUUAGCAAUGUCCAAAUGCAAAGAUUUGAUUGUCCUGGGUGAUCUAAACUGCGACAUGUUACAGGAAUCCAAACGCGAAUCGCGUGUAUUACUUGAAGUUUGUUCAAAUCUAAACUUGCAUCAGAUCAUAACUGUGCCUACACGGAUAACUGACAACACGCAGACGUUGAUAGAUGUAAUUAUUACUUCAAACCGAAACUUAAUAUCGUCUAGCGAUGUGUUGCUCUCAUCCAUUAGUGACCACAGUUUACCAUAUGCUGUACUAAACUUGAAGAGUCCCAGGUGUAAACCUACCUAUGUGACAGUACGCAGUUUUAAAACCUACUCCAAGGAAUUGUUCGUGAAUGAUCUCUCACUUGUACCAUGGCACAUAGUUGAUACUUUCGACGAUGUAAAUGACAAACUUGACGUUUUUAACAAAUUGUUCAUGGAUAUGUUGGACGUUCAUGCUCCUGUUAAGCGUAUUAAAUUAAAAUCAAGACCUAACCCGUUUGUAACAUCUGAAAUUCGGGCCCUAAUAAAAACUAGGGAUACGUGGCAUCGGAAAGCGGUAAGGUCCAAUGAUAACCGUGAUUGGAAUGGUUACAGAUUCUUCAGGCAGGAAGUGAAGAAAGAAUUAAGAGCUGCAGAGAAAGAAUAUGUACGUAGCGAGUUGACUUUAAAUUCGGGAAACUCGAGAUCAUUAUGGAAAACAAUUAACAAAUGUUUACCUCGUAAAUCAUGUUCUUCUACACACGAGUUAAACUCUGUAAAGUUGGCGAACACAUUUAACGAAUAUUUUACCUCCCUUGGAAGUUCCAUUGCUGCUGAAACUUGUGGGAUUGCGACCGAUUUUAACUUGGAAGCAACUUGUCCACAACGCUCUAUAACCCCUCCGGAAACGCAGUUUUGUUUUCGUGAAGUCUCCGAAACAGAAGUCGCAAAUGUGGUAUCAAACUUACCUGCCAAUAAAGCUGCUGGUCCUGACAAAUUACCAGCUAGAGUGAUAAAAGAUGGCCUGUCUGUUAUUCUGUCUACGAUAACCAGCAUGAUAAACUGCUCUUUUACCACCAGCAACUUUCCACAGGAAAGGAAAAUCGCAGAGGUCAUCCCUAUCCCCAAGUUAGGAGAUAAAGAGUUAGCAUGUAAUAACCGCCCAAUUUCAUUGUUGCCAGUUAUGUCUAAAAUCUGCGAAAGGCUGGCUCACGGUCAAUACAAUAACUUCUUAUGUUCCGAAGGUAAACUCUCUGCGCAUCAAAAUGGAAACAGGAAAUUACAUUCAACUGAAACAGCCUUACUCAAAGUUACUGACGAUAUUUUGAAAGCAAUGGACGAAAAAUUGAUUACCAUUAUGGUCCUAAUUGAUUUUUCGAAAGCCUUCGAUAGCAUCAAUCAUGAAACUCUAUUAAAUAAAUUAUGGAAUAUUGGAAUGGCUCCAAGUGCUUUGAAAUGGUUUUCCAGCUACUUGACAAAUAGAUCUCAAAAAGUACGUUUGGGAGAGUUUCUAUCGCAACAACUCCCACUAUCUCACGGAGUACCCCAAGGAUCUAUUUUGGGACCUUUGAUGUUUACUGUGUAUGUCAACGACCUACCAUCGUCAGUUGUUAACUGUAAGCCGGAGUGUUAUGUUGACGAUAGCAAGCUUUACGUUAGUUUUGUUUUACAUGACCUGGUUUCAGCUAUAGGCCAAAUCAACAAAGAUCUUGACCAGUUAUGUUCUUGGUGCUGUGGCAACUCCCUCCUAAUCAACCCUGAGAAAACUAAAGUUCUCGCCUUUGGUACUUGUCAGCGCCUACAACAGCUACCAGGUUUCUCCAUUAAACUUCCGUCCAAACAAAUCGAACCUACUCGUGUUGCUAAAGAUCUUGGCGUUCACUUGGAUUCAUGUCUUUCGUAUACACAUCAUGUUGAUAAAACAGUAUCUUCGUGUAUGUACUCAUUAUUCCAAAUAAAUCGCGUCAAACACCUUUUAGAUCGAAAGACCCUUUUACUUGUUAUACACUCUUUAGUUUUUAGUAGAUUAUUCUACUGUUCUUCCGUAUGGAGCAACACUUCUAAAGAAAAUGUAAAAAAGUUGCAACUUGUACAAAACUUUGCUGCUCGUAUUGUUGUUGGUUUACGGAAAUAUGAUCAUGUUUCUCCUGCCCUGAAAGAACUCAAAUGGCUGAAUAUUACAGACCAAUUGUAUCUCCGAGAUGCAGUGCUUGUUUUUAAAUCGCUACACCAUCUGACUCCAUAUUAUCUGUCAGAAAAAUUUAAAAGAAAUUCCGAGGUGCAUUCCAGAGUCACGAGGAAUGUUAAUGACUUACACUUGCCACUUUGUCGCCUUGUUACGGGACAGCGAACGUUUAGUUUCAGAGGGGCAAAAUUGUGGAACUCGCUACCGCCGGAGAUUAAAUCCGAACAGUCAUUGAAGUCUUUUAAACAUAAACUUCACAAACACUUUCUGACUUCUUAA